GACAUUCUAUUGGAUCUAGGGGAAAGAAAACGUGUAUAAAUAACGACACAUUGGGUGUUCAUUUCCACUUUGGAGAUCCACCGUUCCAGCGACGCUUCAAAAUGAGAACCUUCGCCGCCACAGUCCUGGUUGCUGCCGCCUGCUUCUUGGUUUUUGCAGAUGCUCAGACAUCUGUUACUAGACCUACCAUGAAGCCAACCAAACCAACCCUACCAACCAAACCCCCACCAACCCUACCAACCAAACCAACCCUACCAACCAAACCCCCACCUACCCUACCAACCAGACCAACCCCACCAACCAAACCCCCACCUACCCUACCAACCAAACCAACCCCACCAACCACUACCACCAAACGGACUCCACCAACCACUAUCACUAGACCGACUACCACUAAACCGACUACCACGAAGCCCACCACUACCACCAAGCCGACUACCACUAAGCCAACCACUACCACCAAGCCGACUACCACUAAGCCAACCACUACUACAAACUACUGCAGCAUCCGUACAUGUAAAAGGCCGUCUGAAAACACGCUCUGCCUUUAUUCGAAUACCACUUGGGGAAAGGGUUGCCAACCGGGCUAUCCGAAAGAAUCGAUCGUGACCGAUGUCGACAUCAAGACCAUUUUGAAAGUGCACAACGAGUACCGACGUAAAGUUGCGCAGGGCCUCGAGACCCAAGGAAGUCCAGGUCCGCAACCCCCUGCGUCCAACAUGAGAGAGUUGAAAUGGGAUCAGGAACUUGCUGUCAUGGCUGCAGCCCACGCCCAACAGUGUGUAUACAAACACGACACUUGCAGAGACGUUCCGCGUUUUCAAGUGGGUCAGAAUAUUUACAUUAGCGCGUCUUCCGCCAACAACCUUGGCACUUCAGACUGGGAUGCCGCAAUUACCAAGUGGUACAAUGAAGUUCAAUACAUGGAACCACCUUUUGUCACAAGCUUUCCUGCAAGCCCACCAAACGUAAUUGGACACUACACGCAAGUAGUAUGGGCGGACACUUAUCUUGUGGGUUGUGCAGUUGCUUACUUCCAAUCUACGGCCGUUUUUGGACCACAAUUUCCCUAUAAUAGGUUCUACGUUUGCAACUACGGCCCAACUGGCAAUUGGAUCGGUUCUCCCGUUUAUUCUGAAGGCACAGCCGGUUCCGCCUGCCCCGCAGGAACCGCAAACAGCGGUGGAUUGUGUGCUUGAGAAAGCGAUAUAUACCCAAGCGUUCCAUCACUGAACCAUUUUUCUUCUUUAACCAUUUUCUCAAUUUCAAUUGAUACACUAUUCAAAACAUAACAUUUGCUUGCUAGUUUUAAACUACAGGCAAAAUAUGCAGUUAUUUCAUGUUAACCUUUUUAUUAACCAGCAUAUAAAAUCUGGGACCUACUAAUACAUAUAAUCAGCAA